CUGAAAGUUGCAUUGUAACACUUUCGCUUAACUUCUGCGCCAUCUGCAUCGAAGAAACGUGGAAGAGCCAUAGGGUUUUUGACAGCUGGAGGAUUACCCGAAGAGCCUCCGGUCGGAAGGAGAGCUUUCGUGGAACUGCUUCCCUGACUCUUCUUGUGAUUGGCACCGCUAGACUUCACUGCAGCUGCCUUGGCAUCAGUUUCGUGGAUCCACGAAGUACUCAAGAUAAUUGCGCAGAUAGUGAUGACGGCGCUGGCUGACAACUUUGCGAAAAUCUGCUGUGGCCACAUGAGUCUUGUUGCAAUGCUGAAACUUGUCUUCUGGUCUUCAGUUGCGGUUCGCCUAGAAGUACAAUUGCAAUGUUCAAGCGUUAUAUGACAUUUGCGGCUCAGGAGGUUACAGUUGUCGCGCACGUGUCAAUUACCUAUAUCGCAAUCCAAGGAGACGAUUUCGCAUGGCCAUAUGUCACCUGUUGAACGCGUGGAUUCUAUGGACAUAUGCCUAUACACGUGGGGCAAUGUCUCAAAAGGUCUUUGCAUCCACUGUCUAUGUAUCGAAGAAUGAAGUAGAAACCUGGAUGGUUGAUCGGGCCUUAGUAGAAUGGAGAACAAGACAGCAAUAUACUGUAUACUUAUGCCUGCCAGGGUUCAAAAAGAGACAGAUAACGGAGAGAGGAAGGAGAGCGCAGGUGCUGGCUGACGUAGAUUUGAGUGUCUUUCUGAGAGGUUUCAACAAUUAGUUAGACAUUAGUGAAGCUUGUGUCUUCAUGAGAUGGACGACCGCAAUAUAGCGAGAGACUGAGUCACCAACUACAUGGCUCCGAUGAAGCCUAGUCCAUGCAAAGACAUGACUGUGACUAUGCAGCUACACUCGUCUGGCCAGAUUCCAGUGGCUCAGAACCGGUUGAUAUUGAGCCGCAGAAUGACAAUGAAGACAGCAGACGUUGAUGAUCUAAUCUGAGAAAUCUGAU